AUGAAUUCAGCCUUCAUGAAUUUGUCUUUGGACGUUGCAUUCAGCAUAGAGCAAAAAUCAGCCUUGCAAGCAUCAAUGGUGAUUUUGCAGAAGGAAUACAAAUUUAAUCAAGUUUUAUUCUGGGGAAAAAUAUUGGGCAUCAAAGCUGAUUAUUUUAUAUUAAAGGGGCUUGGAACAAAUGAGUUGAACGACAAGGCAUUUCUUUACAGUUUAAACUGUAUGGAAUGGUUCCUGCUUCCUCCAGUUUCAGAAGACUUUGUACAAAAUGUUACUUCCAUUAAAGGACCGUUUGUUGGAGAUCUCUCCUUUGAGUAUGAAUAUACAGAUGCUAGCUUGGCAGAUGAAGAACACACCAAGCCAGAAGAUGUUACACAAGUUCUUGUGGCAAACCUGCCUGAUAUUCACGUGGACACUUUUAUUUCUUUACUUAUCCUUACCAAGGUUCACAUUAAUGAAGAAGUUCGGCUUGUUGCUGUAAUUACAUUAAUAGAAAGAGAAGCAGCAGUAGUGCCACGGGGAGCCUACAUUAAGGAUUCACAAGGCUUUAUAACAGUAAAUAGAAUGUUUGAAGGUUUGUCAAUGAAUGAAGCAAAGAAGUUAGAAUCGUAUCUUCACUUUUCCAAUCCAGUUAACAAAGUGAAGAGAUCACUUUUGUUGAAAGCAGAUUACGAUCCAUCGAUUGACUUCCUAAAUUCAUUAGAGGAUGAUAAACCUAAAGGAACAUGGAUAUUGCAAUUUCAGAAAGGAAACAGUGUGGUGUUGCUCAGAAGUUUACUCUGGCUUGGACUCAGUUUUUAUCACUAUCUUUCAACUAUAAAUCAUGGAUAUGUAUAUGUAGGGACAGGACAAAAAAACUUAGACUUUCCAUUUAUGUUCUAG